AUGCUUUCAAGAAAACAAUUCUAUCCAAUUGGCUAUGAAGAUGAAAGAUGGUAUAAGUGGCAACACUUCAAACAAAGAUUUGAGCAACCUGUACAAGAGUAUACAACAAAGUUCCACAACCAAGCCAUGGUUCUGGACAUCGAUGUCAAUGAUUACGAUGUUUUCGUGAAGUAUACUGGAGGUCUUGCUGACUACAUAUGGAAAGAACUAAAAUUGUUCAUUGUAGAUACUAUUGAAGAAGCUACUAUGAAGGCUAUCGCCAUGAAGGCAAAAAAUAAAAGAACUGACAAAAAGGAUGACAGAUCAAAACCUAUCAACAAAAAUGACUAG